AUGUAUACCCUGACCCGCCUCGCCAUGUCGUCAACGGUCGAGUCGGCGUCGCUCACCGCGACGCUGACGUCCGCGAUCGCCAGCUCUACCGCGAACCGGGCUCCGCCCCAGGGCGGCGUGAUCGAGGGCGCCAACCCUUCGGUCUACAACCCCAAGGAUCCCAUCAUUAUCUUUAUCAUUCAGGCCAGUCUCAUCUUGAUCGUUUGCCACAUCUUGCACUGGCCUCUUUCCAAAAUUCGACAGCCUCGAGUCAUUGCCGAAACCGACGUUCGAUUCCUUCUCAGCAACUGGCGCGUCGCGACCUCGGUCGCAUUCGGCGGUCUCGCCAUUCCCUUCGCAGUGGGCUGCGGAAUCGCCUGGGGCCUGUAUAACCAAUUCGGCGGUGACGAGGGCACCCUCCAUAUCCGAUUCCCCGUCUUUAUGCUCUUCGUCGGUGUAGCCAUCGCCAUCACCGCCUUCCCAGUGCUCUGCCGUAUCUUGACCGAGCUGAAACUGCUCGAUACGUCGGUCGGUAUCAUCACCCUCUCCGCCGGUGUCGCCAACGAUGUCGUGGGAUGGAUCCUGCUCGCGCUGUGCGUCACCCUCGUGAACGCCGGCCAAGGACUCACUGCUUUAUGGAUCUUGCUUGCCUGUACUGGGUACAUGUUGUUCCUCAUCUACGCAGUCAAGCCCACCUUAGUUUGGGUCCUGCGCCGAACUGGGAGCCUGGAAAACGGCCCUUCCCAGGUCGCCAUUGCCUUGAUCCUCCUGGUCGCCCUCGCGUCCGCCUUCUUUACCGGCAUCAUUGGCGUGCAUACCAUUUUUGGCGGCUUCAUGGUCGGCCUCAUCAUUCCCCGCGAAAACCGCUUCAACAUUCACGUCAUUGAGAAGCUCGAGGAUCUAAUCGGUGCUCUGUUUUUGCCUCUCUACUUCACGCUCUCCGGUCUCAACACCAACCUGGGCCUUCUCAACAGCGGUAUCGCCUGGGCCUACGUCGUCGCCGUCACUUUGCUUGCUUUCUUCUCCAAGUUCAUCAGCGCCUCGGUCGCUGCCCGACUCAACGGUUUGGUUUGGCGUGAGUCCUUCACCAUUGGUGUGCUCAUGAGUUGCAAGGGUCUCGUUGAGUUGAUUGUCUUGAACAUAGGACUUCAAGCAAAGAUUCUCAGCCAGAGGACUUUUACCAUCUUCGUCGUCAUGGCUUUGAUUACCACCUUCCUCUCGACUCCGCUCGCCUCCUAUCUAUACCCUCCCUGGUACCAGAAGAAGCUGGCGGCGUGGAAGAGGGGCGAGAUUGACUGGGAUACUGGUGCUCCUCUGAUUCCCUCCGACACGAGCGGAAGCGGCUCCGGUGGAGAGCAAAGUUCCGACACGCGAGAAGCACCCAAGCGACCGGUUCGAGCUCAUGGUAUGCGCCUCGUCCCGUUGACGGAUCGUGACUCCGCUUUCAUGACGGUGGCCCAGGUCGAGGAGUACAGCAAGCACGACCCCGUUGUAAACACUUUCUGUACGGUUGGCCAGCUGCACCAUUUGUCCGUCUCCGGAGAGGUAGCCAUCAUGACCGAAGAUCGUUACGCCGAGGCCCUCGUAGCGAAAUCCUCCAGUUCCUCCUCGGACCUCCUCAUCGUCCCCUGGAGUGAGACGGGCGGAAUUGGUGACUCGCAGAUUCUAGCUCCCACGACCGUUGGCGAGAAGCUUGGCACGCAAUAUACGGGCUUCGUCAAAUCCAUCAUUGAUUCGGCAGAGAAGAACGUUGCCGUCUUCUUGGCGCAGAGCGACCAGGCUACGGGUCCCGCCUCCGCGGGCGAAGGAUCAUCUGGCGACAGGAUGAAGCUAUCCAGGGCGUACUCGUUCAGUGUCUCGCAGCAACCCAUGCCGCCCCUCCCUCCGGCGCAGAGAUCGUUCCACAUAUUUUUCCCCUUCAUUGGCGGUGCUGAUGAUAGGCUCGCCUUGAGCCUUGUGCUGCAGCUCUGUGAGCGGUCCGAGGUCACGGCUACGCUUUUGCGUGUCUCAGUCUCCUCCGUCGACAGCGCUAGCAAGGAAGCAGACGAUGCACACUUCGCCGCCGCUACUUCCCAGAUCUCGGCGGAGACCGACCCGCGCGUCAAGGUCGAGACGGUCUCCGGUAACAGCACCGUCGAAGACCUCCUCGGCCUCGCCACGUCUGACCUUUUGGGUUCGAGCCGUGAUCCAGCCCGCCGCGAUAUCAUCAUCGUCGGCAGGCACUUUGCUGCCAAUCUCAACUUGGGCAAGGUCGGCCCGCUUGCGGCGGAGAACCGCGAGUGCCUUGGCGUCGUGGCGAGCCAGAUCCUUGUCUCGACGCUCCAGGCCGACGUGUUGGUGGUUCAGGCGGCCAAGGAGUCUUCUACUACUGGAGGAGAGGCAUCGACUCCCUGA